CGUGUGUUCAAGCGCGACUGAUGUAGCGACUUUCCCUAUCUGUCCUUAAUCCUACAUAUUGCUUGACAUUCUUCAUCCCCCAAACCCCUAGCGGCUACCCUUCUUCUUCGGCCUCCCGAGGUCGCUGACGCUCUAUUGAACCUAUAUGGCGCCAAAGAAGGACAAGGCACCACCUCCGGCCUUAAAGCCUGCCAAGUCUGGUGGAGGGAAGCAGAAGAAGAAGAAAUGGAGCAAGGGUAAGCAAAAGGAGAAGGUGAACAACAUGGUUCUGUUUGACCAGGCAACAUAUGACAAACUUCUUUCCGAGGUUCCAAAGUACAAGCUUGUUACUCCUUCAAUCCUGUCUGACAGAUUGAGGAUCAAUGGGUCAUUGGCGCGUAGGGCAAUUAAGGAUUUGAUGGCAAGAGGUUCCAUGAGGAUGAUUUCUGCUCAUGCCAGCCAACAGAUAUACACCAGAGCCACCAACACCUAGAUGAGGGGAAAAUGCAUUAUCAAUCUGCCUUUGAUGGUUGAUAGGCUGUUUCUUUUUGUUAGGGAACUAGUUUCUUUUUGAUGAACUGUUAUUUUACAUCUUUAUUUCAUCCUAAAUACAUUUUUGCUGUUAAUUUAAAGAGAUGUUUAUUCUAUCAUUGAGUAUUUACAUGCAUUAAAUGAGUAAAUCAUGUCCGUUAAGCAAGAGAACGGCUGAAUCAACCAAGAUUGGCAGACUCCAACAACCAGGAUUGUUAAUGCUUUUUCUAACUAUGAUCUUUUUGUUGGUUGGGAAAGGAAAUUAUUGGAAAACGGAAAAUGAAAACCUGAAUUAUUAUUUUGUUUGGAUGGGUUGAAAAGGGGGAGGGAAAGGAAAAGUGAAAUCUGGGGUUUGAUUUUUUGAUAAUGUAAUAAAUAGAGUGAUAA